ACAACCAGGAAGCCAGAUCAUCUGUCUACAAUUAAUCUGCGAGGCUGCUCCAUUUGUCCCACCUCCACACCAAUAUGUCAGCCAAUAUCCUCAUCACCGGUGGCUCAGGAUAUCUUGGCGGGUCUCUUCUUCAGUCCUGGACAAAGGCGCAGAUUUCCGGAUGUGAUCGAUUGUUCGCUCUUGUUCGCACCGAUGAUCAAGCUACCGCAGUCGAGAAGCUCUAUGGCGCCGAGCCAGUGCGAUCCUCUCUACAAGAGGAUGAUAUUACAAAGCUUAUCAUUGAUAACAGUAUAACGAUUGUGUUAUACCUCAUCGAUGCCUACACGGCAGACGGUCCUUUCGCGUUUAUCAAGGGCCUGUCCGCACUGAAGAAGGCCACGGGACAAGAUGUUCACCUCAUCUUUACAACAGGAACAAAACAGUUCUCCAGUUUGGCGGGGGCGCCCACGGAUGAGCUUCUGUUAGACACGGAUCCAAACUUGUACACCAUUCAAUUAAAGCAGAGAACCCGUUUCAAGGAGAUGGAGGCAUCUAUUGAAACCAAUUGCAGGCUCAUUGAAGCUGCGGAGAGAUACGAUGUUCGGCUGUAUCUCUUCUCGCCCUGUAUAAUUUAUGGUGAAGGUACUGGUUUCGGAAAUAAGAUUUCCAUUCAGACUGUCGACGUUGUAGUUGCAGCCCAGGGAUCCGGUCACGUUUAUAAAAUUGGCUCAGAACGCCAGGCUUGGCCGGUUUGCCAUAUCUCUGAUUGUAUUUCCUUGUACACGACUCUUGUCAAAGCUAUCUUGCGUGACGAAAACCCUGGACAUGGGAAGUACGGUUACUAUCUGGCGUCAUCAGGACGAGCGUUCUGGGACGAAAUAUAUGCGGCUAUCGCCAAAGCUCUAGUAAAGAGAAACAUCAUUAAGGACGCGACCGUUCGACUUGCCGCUGACAGCGCGCUGAAGACAAUGGCGGAGGCGCUCAACGUCGAGCCAUCGUCAGUCGUUGUGAAGAUAAGUGGAGAAUCAACUUAUACUGCAAAGCAUGGCCGCUUGAUUGGCUGGCAGCCAGUAUACCCUCCAGAGCAUAUACUUGAAAUGCUUGAUGAAGAGGUCGAGUUGAUUCUCAGAAAUAUCGAUCCGAAACUUUUGCGUAUCAGGUAAACACCUAUGUUGUUCAGAUUAUGUUACCUGAUGGUUUCAAAUAAGCGAUUACGUGCUGCGAGACUUUUCUGUACCCGAAGGUGAUGACAAAUCACAACGAUCCCAACAAAGACUGAUGAGGUUU